AUGCGGUGGUGGUGUCGGCUUUGCAUCGUUCCGUUUUUGGGGCAGGCGGUUGCCUUGCCUGCUGAAGCAAAAGACCCCGACCUGAAAGAUUUACCCUUUUUUAAAGAUCCGUUCAAGCCAUUAUUCCCAUUCUUACAAACUUUGCCAUUUGACCCAACCGACCUUUCGUGGAUCAAGAAACUUGCGGCCAUCGGGGAUUCCUAUUCGGCUGGCAUUGGCGCUGGGGACAGACUUGGGAACCUGUUUGAUGUAUUCAAUUCGCAAGGCGAUUAUGCGUGCAGCCGCUAUGAUCAUGCCUAUCCUUACUUGAUCAAUAAUGAUCCAAGGUUAGGUGAUCUGAAGAAUAGGAAAUUUCAAUUCAAAUCAUGCUCCGGCGCAAAAUCGGACGACGUCCUUAAGAAGCAGAUACCCUCGAUAGAUUCGGGCCAGCAGGCAAUUCUCCUCUCAGUUGGCGGCAAUGAUGUUGAGCUGGUCAACAUCUUGAACCAAUGCAUCUACCAGUGGGGGGUUGUUAACAAAGCACAGGUGGCUAUUGCGAAGGCCGAAGCGCUUAAGAAGAGCCAAAGUGAUGACGGGAAGUUCGAUUGGGCUAAAUCCUUUGAUUGGGAUGCCCUUGGCCGCGGGUGUCAGGGUCAACUAGACCACACCCAAUCGCUAAUCAACAGCAAAGCCUUUAGCGAUAAAAUCGACAGCGUUUUAAAAGCGGCCAAGGCUAAAUUAGCCAAAGAUGGCAUGAUCUACGUUACCGGAUACGGCAAAUUUUUUGGAGAAAAGCUAACUUCAGAAUGCGAUAAAGUGUCGUGGUCAACAUGGAUUUAUAAAUCGUAUAAUAUCUUUCAGCCGGAAGCUAAACUCACCAAGGCAAACCGCAAGAAAAUGAACGAUCUUGUUGACUCAGUCAACAACAAGCUGAAAGAAUCAGUAAAGCGGGCUGGCAAGAAUGUCCGGCCUCGGCUGAUGUUCUACGAGCUGAAUACAUUCGAUCCUUUAGGCACAACUCCUUGGAAGCGGUCGAAUGGGGACGCCAUCAUGGGAACGUUUUCUGGCUCAGUCAAUACCUUCGCAGAGAUCACGCUCCUUUUGGACCCUAAAGCCAAAAUUGUCCAUGAGAAAUCCGUCCAGGCAGAUAAGCCAGCGACGGGGAAUUCUCUCGGCCUCGAGAACAAAUUGCCAAUAGAAGAUUAUAUCGCAGUUCCUAAUCUUUUGCCAGACGGGAUCAUUACAAAUCUCGUCAUCCACAAUAUGGUCAACGACUACCAGAAACGCAAAGGCCACCCGUCGCUUCCUGAAGUCGCGUCCUUCAAGACAUGCCCCAUUGAGAAAGUUUCUCCUUCCUUGACCGUAGGCAAAUUGUCCUGCUCGCCGGAAAGGCCGAAGAAACUCUCGUUUCCGGUGGUGUCUGAGGGGGUAUCCGUCAACGCCGAGGGAGCAUGCAAGAAAUUUGCCGAGAGGGGGGACAUCUCAUCCGAUGAGAAGUCGUGGUAUUACCAGAGGUAUUUCGGAUCGAACCCAAGCUGGUUUAAUAUUGGCUGGGCCAAAGGCUGCAAGGUUCCUGGCGACAAGCAGAAGCAAAACAUGGGUGACCCGCUCGGGAAUGGCAAGCUUAAGUGCGAAGAGAUAUUCGUCGAUAAGAUCUUCAACGCCUGUGAGUCUCUGAUUUCGUUUUUCUUUCUCUUUCUUUCUUCCCCGCCCAACCUUUUCGAGCCCGUGCUCCCGGGAGUUUUAAAAACAGUUUGCUAA